AGUAUUUUUUUGGGAACAGUUUUCCAAGACAAGAUUUUAGUUGGUGGAAAUCUUGCCAUAAAAUUUUCAUUUUCCCUUAUUUUUGUUUUUAUUGCAAGUUAAAAAGGAUUAAAACGUUGGGCGACCAAAAGCGCAGACAAACAGGGUAUACUUUGUUAAAAUCCGAGAUCCGAACCGGACCGAAGUCUCUCCUUGUCUCUCACCAACAAAUACCAAUCAUUUUUUUUUUCUAACAGAGCUCUACAAUUUCGAUUUUCAGUUGGAACUCUGAGUUCCCCAAGGCCUUAUUUUCUGUUAAAAGGGCUCUUUGGUUGCAUCAAACCCGACAUUUCAGAUUUCACUUUGGUUUUUGUCUUUACCCAACUGUCUCUCUUUAUUUUAUUCUUCCCCACCCAAACACGCCCUUCCAGCGAUUCAAUUAAUCCCCAGCUCUCUUUCUCAAUUUCGCCCAUAAUAAACCCAACAAGUUUUAAGAUUUUUAAUACGGUUUUGCUAAUUUUUCUCCAGUUUUUACUCGAAAACUCAAUCUGGGUUCUUAAUUAUCUUUUUCUUGAUCCAAACAAAACCCGUUAAAGCUCAAUUUCUCAUGGUUUAAUCCUGAUAAAGCAGAGAAGGCUUUACAUGGGUGUUUCGUUUAAGGUUUCAAAAACCGGUACUAGGUUCAAGCCGAAGCCUUGUCUUCAAUCAGAGGCUACAGUUGAUGUUCCCUCUGAUGAUUCUAAAGAAAGCUCACGGCCUAGAAAGCUCCAGGGUGAUGUCAUUCAAGGUGUUGAGCGUGUUCUGCGGUUGUCUCAAUCAAUUGUUGCUGAUGAAGCUUUUUGUGUUCCUGCAGACCAUGAAAUUUCCUUCACUUUGAACCUUUACCCGGAUGGCUAUUCUAUUGGAAAACCCCAAGAGAAGGAGGCUUUGCAUCAGGCUACCUUUCAGGAUGCUUCAAAGUUGCAUCCAUAUGAUAGGUCAUCUGAAACUCUCUUCUCAGCAAUUGAAUCUGGCCGAUUGCCAGGAGAUAUUUUGGAUGAUAUACUGUGCAAAUAUGUUGAUGGGACACUCGUAUGUGAGGUGCGGGAUUAUCGAAAAGUUGCACCUCAACAAGGAUCUAACAUCCCAGCUAUGGAUGGGUCACCUAUCACCAAUAAAGUGCGUCUUAGGAUGUCUUUGGAGAAUGUAGUGAAGGAUAUUCCAUUGAUUUCAGAUAAUUCGUGGACUUAUGGUGAUUUAAUGGAAGCAGAGUCACGGAUAUUGAAAGCCUUGCAACCACAACUUUAUUUAGAUCCUACUCCCAAACUGGACAGGCUCUGUACUAACCCUGUUCCAACUAAGCUCAACCUUGCUUCUUGUAGCCUGCGGAGAAAGAGAUUGAGGCAGGCUCCAGAAGUUACAGUUACCUCUACUCGUAAGAUCCAUGGCAAGAAGGUUUGCAUAGAUAGAGUGCCGGAAUGCUCUAACGGCAGGUUGGAAGAGGCAGGAAUUGUUUCAGGGAAUUUGAUGCCGCAACAAGCCCAGGAAAAUCUGACUCCUCAAAAUAUUGGUCCAAGCAAUAUGUUAGCAUUAAGACCUAAAAGUUUUGUCCCAGAUUCCUCUGUUCCAGCACUACCCAUGACAUCCCCGUCACCAAGGUAUCAAAUGGGGGUUUUGAAUGCAAGAAGCAUGCAGGAUCAUGGGUCUAGUUCCGUUGUCAAUGCAGCUGCCUCCGCUGCUGGGCAGGACAUGACAAUGCCAUAUGCUGAGAGCAUAAACUCUGGUUCUUCUCUUCUUGCGAAACGGGAGAAUCCAGAUGGUCCAAUGUCACCCUUAUCUGGCCUUAAUAAAAGAACUAGGCUUAAUGCUGUUGGACCAGAUGGGAUGCCACAGCAACAAGUUGUGCCACAUAUGGAUGGCCUUAAUGGACCGGAUAUCAGCUGGAAGAAUAUGUUACUGCCCCAGCAAGCAAUGGCAAGAGGAAUUCAAUAUGCAAAUCCAGGCAUGCAGAAGUAUCCACAGCAGGUUUUUGAAGGGGUUCUGAAUCAGGAGGCUGGUGCAAUGCCAUUUGCUGCAGCACAGCAAGCAUUGAGAUAUGGUGCCAAGGAAGAGCCAUUUGAUCCAGACAAGUUGGAUGGGUCUCAGCUCAAUAGGGAAACUGAUACAAAGCAUUUGGACCCACAGCAGACACGGCUUCAACCAAGAUUGCCCCAUGGAUUUGUCAGACCUGGUUUCCCUCAGACACCUUGGAACAAUAUCAGUCAGCAUGUAGAGAAAGAAGCAAGAAAGGAGGACCAGUUCCAAAAAAGGAAAUCAGUACAGAGUCCACGUUUAUCGAGUGGGGCUUUGCCUCAAUCUCCAUUAUCAUCAAAAUCUGGGGAAUUUUCAAGUGGUUCUGUAGGACCUCACUUUGGGGCUGUUGCAACAACUUCUGCACUUGGAGCAUCUCUAAAGGAGAAGGCAGCUGUUAACUCAGUUCCUGCUGUUGGUGGUACCCCUUCUUUGACUUCCAGUGCAAAUGACUCUAUGCAACAACAACACCAGGCUCAAGUUGCUGCCAAGCUAAGAUCAAAUUCCCUCCCCAAGACCCCAGCAAUAAAUGCAGUUGGAUCUCCUGUGAGUGUUAGCAAUAUCAGUGUUCCAUUCAAUGCAAGCAGUCCUUCUGUUGGAACCCCACCUUUGGCUGAUCAAACAAUGCUUGAAAGGUUCUCAAAGAUUGAAACUGUGACUAUGAGGUAUCAACUCAACAGCAAAAAGAGCAAGGGUGAGGAGUACCACAUCCAGAAACCCAGCACACAUUCUCCUCAACUUUUAUCUGCCUGUCUAACCAGUCUUUCCAGUAACGAGGAUUUUAAAAACGAUUUGUAUCCACUAUCAAAGUCACUUUUUGGUGGCAGCAUGAAUACUUACAAGACGAGAAUCUUAAAUUUUGUUCAGGGCGAUCAUGUUGUUCAAGGGAAUGUUGUUUCUCUAGUUUCUAGGGUACAAACUAGAAUGAUAAUGUCUGAGAAACCAACUGAUGGGACCGUAGCAAUGAUUUAUGGAGACAUAGACGAUGGUGACAUUCUUGGUGUCGAGGAUCAUAUUCCUCAUCUUCCUACGCUUCCAAAUACUCACUUGGCAGACUUACUUGCACAGCAGUUCUGUUCACUGAUGCAGCAUGAAGGACAUCACCUUGUGAAAGAUAAUGUUCAGGCAAAACCAACUCGAGUGCUUAUGGCCUCUAGCAGUCAACCGAUUUCUGCUGUAGCCUUUCCCAACAAUUCUGCAGCUGAUAUGCAGCAUACAAUGCAACAGUAUGCCGAAGCUGCUCCUUGUCAGGCAACCAAUGAAGUUGCAAAGCCGAAUAGCAGUAAUAACAUAUCUAUAAAUCCAUCCCCGAGUGUGCUAGGAAACACUAGGACGCCGCCUCCUGGAAACCCUCAGGCCUUACAGAUGUCUCAAGGACUCCUAUCUGGGGUUUCAAUGCCUACAAGGCCACCGCAAUUAGAUCCACAACCACCACUUCAGCCGCAGCCACAGCCACAACAAGCACAACAGCAACAACCACAACAGCUGCCGCCGGCUCCGCAGCAGCAGCAAAGUCAACAACACAUUUUGCUUCAACAACAGCAUCAGCAGUUCCCGAGAUCACCGAUGAUGCUUGCAUCAAAUCCUCUCCCACAGUUGAAUGCAAUUGGGCAGAAUUCAAACGUGCAGUUGGGUAAUCAAAUGAUCAGCAAACCUUCCCCUCUUCAACUUCAGAUGAUAAAGCAGCAACAACAGCAGCAGCAGCCACAGCAGCAGGCACAAAUGUCGAGGAAAAUGAUGAUGGGACUAGGUACUGCUGUAGGUAUGGGAAACAUGAGCACUAACAUGGUCAGGCUUGGAGGCCUGGGCAAUGCCAUGGGAAUUGGAGGUGCAAGGGGAAUUGGUGGAACAGGAAUCUCAGCUCCAAUGACACCUAUUUCUGGCGUGGGUAAUAUGGGCCAAAACUCAAUUAGUAGUAACCCAGCUUCAAGUAUUACCAAUGCAAUAAGCCAGCAGCUUAGGUCUGGAACACUAACGCAAGCUCAAGCUGCUUUAAUUUCAAAACUAAGGAUGGGCGGAGGAAGCCUGUUAGGUGGUCCUCAAUCAAGCAUAGCUGGGAUGUCUGGAGCCAGACAGAUGCAUCCAGGUUCUGCUACUAUUUCUAUGCUGGGCCAGAAUCUGAACCAGGCUAACAUGAACUCAAUGCAACGGACUGCUAUGGGGCCCAUGGGUCCUCCAAAGAUGAUGCCUGGGAUGAACCACCUUUACAUGAACCACCACCACCAGCAGCAGCAGCAACAACAACAACAGUUGCAAUUGCAGCAUCAGCAGCACCAGCAGCACCAGCAGCAGUUGCAGCAGCAGCAUCAAUUACAACAGUUACAACAACAGUUACAACAACAGCAACAGCCGCAGCAGCAGCAAGAAACAACCUCACCACUACAGGCUGUUGUUUCUUCUUCACAAGUAGGCUCACCAUCAACCAUGGGAAUUCCACAAGUGAACCAGCAACCUCUGCAACAACAGGCCCAGCAACAGACCAGCCCACAACAAAUGAAUCAAAGGACUCCCAUGAGUCCACAACUGAGCUCAGGUGCGAUCCAUGCACUAAGUGCUGGUAACCCAGAGGCUUGUCCAGCUAGCCCCCAACUGAGCUCCCAGACCCUUGGCUCAGUUAGUAGCAUCACAAAUUCUCCUAUGGAGUUAGGUGUGAACAAAAGCAACUCUGUUGGCAAUACAUAGCAUGUUCUGAGUCCUCUUAUCUUAAACUAAUACUAGAGCCACCUUGGUGCUAAGCCACACCUCUCGUAGAAGAACCUGUAAAGCUAAUUUUGCAGGCAGAUCAGUGUCUGUCGGUGGAAAGCAGCUUGAUCAAAAGGAAUGAGGUACUUUUUGGUAAGUGCAAAAGCUAAUACUUGAGCCGCUUGGUGCCAAGCUAUCCACAGACAAUUUACAAUGGGGGCAGCUUCCACUUCGGAACUCCCAAA